CCUGCCGCCGCUCCCCGGACACCCCGGCACCCCACCUGCCCCGGCCCGGGCUCCUGCCCGCUGCUCCCUGGGGCAGCGCGCGUGACUCGCGCCGGCAGCGCCCAGGGGUGCCCCCGGCUGCCGAGGGCGCGGAAGGGGGACGCCCCCCCCGCGGGGCCCCUAUCCUCGCUUUCUCUUGGUCGCCGCGAACGCCGCCCGUCCGGUGGCGCCCCGCCACCCGCGCCAUGGGCGCCAACGAGGACCAGGAGAUGGAACUAGAAGCAUUACGUUCAAUUUAUGAAGGAGAUGAAAGUUUCCGGGAAUUAAGUCCAGUUUCAUUUCAAUAUAGGAUAGGUGAAAAUGGGGAUCCCAAGGCCUUCCUCAUAGAGAUUUCCUGGACAGAGACGUACCCGCAGACGCCUCCGAUUAUAUCCAUGAACGCUUUCUUUAACAACACCAUAUCGUCCGCUGUCAAGCAGAGCAUAUUAGCCAAGUUGCAGGAGGCCGUGGAGGUGAACCUGGGGACGGCCAUGACCUACACGUUAUUUGAAUAUGCCAAGGACAACAAGGAGCAGUUCAUGGAGCAUCACCAGCCCGUUCAUUCUGCCACACCCAUAAGCAAUAUCAUCUCAGUUGAGACUCCUGCCACAGCCCCAUCAAGUAAGAAAAAGGACAAAAAAGAACAACUUUCCAAGGCCCAGAAACGGAAGCUAGCGGAUAAGACAGAUCACAAAGGCGAGCUUCCUCGAGGCUGGAACUGGGUUGACGUGGUGAAGCAUUUAAGCAAAACUGGCUGUAAAGAUGACGAGUAGCACUGGCCUGGUGGCAUCGGGACGAGGAAGGUGCGUCCUCUCGGAAGUAAACUGGCUUCAAAAUCUUCCACUACUCUUUCUGGUAUCAAGGUGACUUUUUAUAAAACAACUUUUUGUAUGUUUCUUACGUAAAACCUGUUAUCAGCUGUCUGUUCAUGAAGAGAUCUGGAGUAUUAAAUCAUUUUCACAAACUUGCCUUAAUAAAAGGUGAUGCUGUUGCUGUUUAGUAUACUUUAUAAACCUGCUGGGCUUCGUUAAGUGUGAAAAUGCAGGGACGACAGAUAAUCAGUGUUAACUUAGGAUCCUGGUCAGGUAGGCGUGUUUCUGUCAAGUGCGAAGCUUUCCAGGCUCUCGGCCUGUGGCGCGCACGCUUGUCUGGUCCUCGUGGUCUCUCUGCGUCGCUGAAGCAUAAAUCGCUUCAGAGAAACUGAAGUCCUGGGGAGCACACAGGUCAUACAGAGUCCUCCUGGGGGCUCCUUUUUAUUUUUCAAAGGUGAACUGCAUCUCUGGAAUAAAUCAGCAGUUGUUUACACUUGAGAGCUUUCGGUGGUACAGGGGAGAGGAGAAUGUGAACAUUGAUUUGCCAAAUACAUUAGGAAGCAUUUUGAGUAGAGAGGCUGGUUCUUACUUAAAAACUUCUCUGUUGCAAAUACCAAGGUGGGAGUAAAAGAUGCCUUAAUAUUUAAUUUUUGUAGUGUUGAGACAACAGCUUCAAUAAAUUCCUGUGGGCCCGCUGUUGUGUUUAUUGUUUGGUAACUGAGGUCUUCUGAGUGGUUUAAAACCACAUCGCAGCUGUUGUUUUUUAAGCGUCUUUUCAAGUAUCCACGUGUGUUCCUCAGCCUGGCCCUCUCUGCAAGGCUGGAUUGAGAGGUCAGAUGCUGAAUUGCGGUACAUGCCUGAUAUUUUUAUCAUUAAUAGAGGAAGCGUUAGUGCAGCUUCACCGGGCCGCUGCUGCGCUGGUGUGUGGCUCGCAGUGAUUCUGUCGAUGCGCCCGGCUCUGGAGACGCGUCAGACUGCUGCCGUGGGAGCCGGAAGGGCGAGUGCUGGCUUCCUCUGCUUACCCUGUGCUCGACGGGGCUGAGGUUUUAGAGUCUGAGAUGUCUCCCUGGUGUUUGCUGACUAGCACUGACUUGGGUCUUUAAGUGUAAUCACAAUGAAGAGCUAUAAUGACAUUUUCAAAAGCUGUGUCACGUUUUAUUCCUUGAGUUAAUCCAGUAGAGAAAAACGUGACAAUCCAGGACCACUGGAGCGUGCCAACUUUGUGUGUGUGGCUUUGUUGUGCUGAUUUGUUUGCUUGUUUUGUAAAGAAGCUGAAACUGCUACAGCUGUUGGCAGAAAAUAUCUCACUUCGUGCUGAUGAUUUUGAAGUUAUUCAGGCCGAUCAGUUCAUAGAUUACAAAGAUGGAUGCUAGUUAAAUGCCAAUGACUAUUUCUACUUUUUAUAUGGAAUGUGCCCGUCGGGCUGCUGCCUGUGAGUGAGGUGGGGGUCACGGCACCACUCGGACCUUCUUGUCAAUCUGCCAUCAUCUGUUUAACCUCCCGGCAUAUUUUAUAAGUCUGUUUACUUCAACUUGUAUGGAAAUAAUCAUUAAUAAGCAAUAAAAGCUGAA